GGCGGUCCCGGAAUGUGCGAGGGGCGUGAAGACGGCGGCGGCGGCGGCCGCUUUGCGCAACACCUUCGCUAUAUAUAGCCGGGCGGGCGGCAGCUGGCCGCGCGCUACCUGGUGCCGCCUGUGUCCCUUCCCUGGGAAGACCAUGGCUCCUUGGCCGGAGGUGGAAAACGCCCAGCCUGAUCCUGAGAAAUACAUCGAACAGGGCAUAGCUCAGCAGCCCGGCACAGAUGCCAAAGGCAAAGACUCGGACCACAAUGCCAAUGGCACUCCAGUGGCCAAGGCUGAGCUGCUGCCCUCCUACUCCACCGUGGCACUGAUAGAGGAGCCCACCCAGCUAGAAGACCCCUGGGACCUGCCGGAGCUCCGGGACACUGGCAUCAAGUGGUCAGAGAGAGAUACCAAAGGGAAGAUUCUCUGCAUCUUCCGCGGUCUUGGAAAGUGCAUCUUGCUCCUGGGAUUCCUCUACUUGUUUGUGUGCUCCCUGGAUGUCCUCAGCAGUGCCUUCCAGCUGGUUGGAGGAAAGGUGGCCGGGCAGUUUUUCAGCAACAACUCCAUUUUGUCCAACCCUGUGGCGGGACUGGUGAUUGGGGUGCUGGUGACCGUCAUGGUACAGAGUUCUAGUACCUCUUCAUCCAUCGUCGUGAGCAUGGUGGCCUCCUCCUUGUUGACUGUGCGGGCUGCCAUCCCCAUCAUCAUGGGGGCCAACAUCGGGACCUCCAUCACCAACACCCUGGUGGCGCUCAUGCAGGCAGGAGAUCGGAAUGAGUUCAGAAGAGCUUUCGCGGGGGCCACUGUCCAUGACUUCUUCAACUGGCUGUCCGUCUUUGUUCUGCUGCCCCUGGAGGCCGUCUCCCACUACCUGGAGAGACUGACUGGGCUUGUGGUGGACACCUUCAACUUCCAAAAUGGAGAAGAGGCCCCAGCACUUCUGAAGGUCAUCACAGACCCGUUCACGAAGCUCAUUGUCCAGCUGGACAAAAAAAUUAUCCAACAAAUCGCAAUGAAUGAUCCAGGGGCCCAAAACAAGAGCCUGAUCAAGGUUUGGUGCAAGUCCAUUACCACUCAGAUUCAGAAGAAUGUCACUGUUCCCUCGCCUGAGAACUGCACCUCCUCUUUACUGUGUUGGACGAAUGGUACCCACACCUGGACCUUGAAGAACGAGACCAUCCGGAAGGGCACUGUUAAGUGUCAGCACAUCUUUGCAAACUUCGACCUCCCAGACCUUGCUGUGGGCAUCAUCCUGCUUGUCCUCUCCCUGCUGGUCCUCUGUGGCUGCCUGAUCAUAAUCGUCAAGCUCUUGAGCUCUGUGCUCAAGGGCCAGGUGGCUACCAUCAUCAAAAAGACCAUCAAUACUGACUUCCCUUUCCCCUUUUCCUGGGUGACCGGCUACCUGGCCAUCCUCGUGGGGGCCGGCAUGACCUUCAUCGUGCAGAGCAGCUCCGUGUUCACUUCUGCCCUGACCCCGCUGAUUGGCAUCGGCGUGAUAAGCAUUGAGAGGGCAUAUCCACUCACGCUGGGCUCCAACAUCGGCACCACCACCACGGCCAUCAUGGCCGCCUUGGCCAGCCCAGGCAACACCUUGAUAAGCUCAAUUCAGAUCGCCCUGUGCCACUUUUUCUUUAAUAUCUCCGGCAUCUUACUGUGGUACCCGAUCCCGUUCACCCGCCUGCCCAUCCGCAUGGCCAAAGGCCUGGGCAACAUCUCCUCAAAGUACCGCUGGUUUGCCGUCGUCUACCUCAUCAUCUUCUUCCUCCUGAUCCCGCUGACGGUGUUCGGCCUCUCGCUGGCUGGCUGGCCAGUGCUGGUGGGCGUGGGGGUGCCCAUCCUCCUCCUGCUGCUCCUGGUGCUGUGCCUGGGGCUGCUGCAGUCCCGCUGCCCGAGCGUCCUGCCUCAGAAGCUGCGCACCUGGAGCUUCCUGCCCUCGUGGCUGCGCUCGCUGGAGCCCUGGGACCGAGUCGUCUCACUGCUCACCAGCUGCUGCCAGCGGCGCUGCUGUUGCUGCUGCCGCGUGUGCUGCCGCGUGUGCUGCCUUAUGUGCGGGUGCACCAAGUGCUGCCGCUGCAGCAAGUGCUGUGAGGACCUGGAGGAGGAGGAGCCGGGGGUCCCCAUGAAGGGGCCCGGGGCCUUCAGCGUAGCUGUGGUCCAGAAGGCCCAGGGUCAGGGCAAGGCCCAUGCUGAUGCCCUGGAUACAGCGAGCUCUUGCACCAUCACAGCCUUCUAGGGAGGGCCUGGGGCCAGGGUACUGCAGGGGGAGGGGCCCAGGGUCCACAUGCACCUGCCUUCUGCUUCUGCAGCAUCUGGACAGCCCCUGCCCUCCACAGGGCGACAUGGACGAGUAGAGUAUGACCGUGUCCAGUCCCACACACAGCUGCACUAGCAACCUGUUUCUAGACCCAGGCCAGCCUUCCAGUUGGGCAAGACCAAGGACAGAUCAGGAAACAAUUCCAAGGAAUUUUUGGGAACUUCCCCAAGAAGUGCACACAGCAGCUCUCCCUUUUUAUGCUGGAGCCUAUUUUUCCCAAAAGCAGCAGGACCAGGGAAGUAGGGGGACCUCAGAUGUGGUUCUUUCCCACGUGGAAGAGCUUCAUCACCUGGGGCUCAGGAUGUGCUUGGCCUACCUGCCUGGACAGAGAUGAGGGGAGAGAGUCCCUCACUGGGCUUCAUUUAAAAGCCUAACCAACAGGCACCAGGGCUACUGCCCUCUGCCACUGUCUUGGUCAGAAAUCAUCCCUGUUGGAAUAAGAUACGCAGUUCCUCAAAGCCUACUCUCUCCCCUGGAACCCCUGGGGCAUCUGUACAGGCAACAGUCCUACAGUUUUUUGCUUAUUUGGGCCAGUCUCGUGGUCAGCUUCUAUCCAUCUGCCCACCCUAGUUUCCCUUGGAAUCUGCAAGCAUCUCCCCUGCCCUGUAAAUGAGCUUGGGUUUCCUGCCCUCUGUCCACAUCUGCAAAGCUCCAGCCUUGUCCUAGGGGGAGGCAGCUAGGGCUGACACAACGCUGCCUGCCUUGCACGAUGGGUGUGCCAAGUGUGUGCUCUUGCUUGUCCAGGAUGCCCUCCGUGUGUCUCCUGGAGUCCCUGUGCCUUUCAUGCCUCUGCUCUCACCCUCAGCUCCUCUCUGGCAAGUGAACUUCAGCCUUAUCCAGGAAAGGGGAGGAUGUGGCUGUGCCCCAAGACCCUGUCCUCCAGCACCCUCUCCAUCAGACAAGCUUGGGGUGCCAAACUGUACCCCCUGUGUAGAUACAAAUCCCCAAACAGAGCCAUUUAUACUUUAUAGUCAUGCCCCUGUACAGCAUUUUUCAUAAGUUAUGUAGUAAAUAGUUUGUAGUUUUAUGCAUUUUUAGUGUCUCAUUUGGAAAUGAGGCAGGGUUCUUCUAUGAAAUGUAAAGACAGAACGAGCACCUUUGUAUAUUUUGUGAUAUUACCUUUUAAGCACACCUCUGGGCCCCGCUGCCCUGCACACUGUAUAUAUGUAAGUUAAACCCAGGCAGUGGCCAUGGCCAUCUUUGCACUCUGAGUUUUUAAAACUGAAAUCCUUGUACCUGCAUUGAUUGUAUGUGUUUUUUUUUUACCGGUUGUGGGAAGGGAGAAAUAAAAGGGAUAAACCAA